AUGGCCGUUAAGAUUAUCUUCAGCAUCUUUAUGGCGGCUCUACUGGCCAGAAGCAGGGUCAGUGCCUCAGGAGUUGCACCUCUAUUCGCUCCAGCACCAGUAUUAGCCCCAGCUCCUGUUCUAGCUCCAGCUCCAGUUUCUGAUGCCACGAUUGACCCCAACCCUGCAUAUUCAUUUGCGUAUGAUGUGCAGGAUGCCCUGACAGGAGAUUCAAAAGGACAAGUCGAAAGCAGAGCCAAUGGCGUUGUGAGAGGACAAUACCAAGUAGCAGAUCCAGACGGUACCAGAAGAAUAGUAGAUUAUUACGCUGAUCCUGUACAUGGCUUUAAUGCUGUUGUCAGAAGAGUUCCUCUAGGUGUUGCAGUUGCUCCUGUCGUAGCUAAAGCUGUAGCUCCUGUUGCACCAGUUGCUCCUCUUGCCCCAGUCGCUCCCGUCGCUAGAUCAUUAGCGCUUCCUGCUCCAGCGCUUCCACUUGCUGCAGCUCCUGUACCAGCAGUAGGCCCUGCCUUACAUUUUGGAGCUCCAGCAUUACCUUUUGCCGCACCAGGUCUUCCAGUUGCCGCUGCCCCAGCUGUAGCACCAGCUUUGCCAUUCGCUGCAGCUCCAGCUAUUUCCCCGUAUUUAACUAGAGCUGGAUUUUUCCCAGCUCCAGCUCCAGCCGUAGUUCCUGCUGCUCCAGGUCCUGCUUACUUGCCUGCUGCCCCAUCAAAGUUAGUUUCGCCCUAUUUGGCAGCCGCACCCUUGCCUUCAGGUUUGAGGAGUUUAGUGACACCUUUCUCAGCGGGUCCUGCUCCACUAGCCGUUGGAUCAGGGGUACCGGCUCCGUAUUGGGGAGCUCCGGCCGUGUACUAA